AUGGCGAACCUCCCAAAGCAGAUGAAGGCCCUCCGAUACGAGAAACCUGAGGAUUGGUCAAUCGUUCAGGUGCCGCUACCAGAACUCCGGGAGAACGAUGUUCUGGUCAAGGUUCGGGCUUGCGGUGUGUGUGGCACAGUAAAGCACAUCCACGAGGGAGAGUUCAUCGCGAAGUUCCCCCUGAUCCCCGGCCACGAGACCGUUGGUGUCGUCGCCGCUGUCGGACCUAAAGUCAAGGACUUCAAGGUCGGCGACCGGGUCGCCGCCGACAAUAGCGAGCUCUGCAAUGAGUGCUUCUACUGCCGCCGCGGAGAGCUUCUGCUCUGCGAGCACUUCGAGGCUCACGGUGUUACCAUGAACGGCGGCUUCGCCGAGUACUGCGCUUAUCCAGCUGGCAAGGUCUUCAAGAUCCACAACCUCACCGACGUCGAUGCGACCCUGCUGGAGCCCGCCUCCUGCGCCUGUCACGGCCUCGACAAGAUCCGCCCCCGCCUUGGCUCCAGCGUUCUCAUGUUCGGCGCCGGGCCCACCGGUCUUAUGCUCGCGCAGCUGUUGCGCCAAAACGGCGGUUGCAACGUCACCAUCGCCGCACCACAGGGUCUGAAGAUGGACCUUGCCCGCAGCCUCGACGCCGCGGACAACUACAUCGAGUUGUCCCGCAAAGAGCCCGCGGCCCAAUUUGCCCAGCUCAAGAAGGAUAACCCCUACGGCUUCGACGUUGUCGUUGAGGCCACUGGCUCCGUCAAGAUUCUCGAGGACGCCAUCAACUACGUCCGUCGCGGCGGCAAGCUCGUAGUCUAUGGUGUCUACUCCGACUCCGCCCGCGUUACCUGGCCCCCUUCCAAAAUCUUCGGCGACGAAAUCACCAUCCUCGGCUCCUUCUCCGAGACUUACAUGUUCCCCGCCACAAUCGACUACCUUGACUCCGGCAAGGUCAAGACCAAGGGCAUCGUCAACAAGGUUUUUAGACUGGAGCAGUUCGGCGAGGCUCUCGAGUCCAUCAGGAACAAGAGCGCCAUUAAGGCCGCCAUCGUCUUUGACGACGCUACCGGAGUGUAA